UCCAUCCUCUCUCUCUCUCCGCCAUCAGAGCUCUCCGCCGAGCAAUCUCGUCUUCCAAAUUCAUUAUCUGCGGGGACUUCUGCGUUUCCUUCUCAAUCCUCAAAAUAUGACGACUGUUGUCCCCACAUCGGAAGAAGAUCCCUCCCUCGCCGUUGUCCGGUUCACCGCCGAGUUGUCGUGGGCGGACGCCGGCCCUGAGGUAGCAGAGGGUCAGGUGAAUAGGUUGUGCUUGGAGGCGCAAGAAUGUAUGAUACAGAACAGGUGGUUGGAUUUGGCUUCUUUGAUGCUUACUUCUGCUGAUGUCAUCUUCUCUAAAGCUUCUGAGAAAGAUCUUGAAUGUGCCUACACUGUGAUUUGCAACCUUGUCAACAAGCCUGAGAGCCUUGAUCAAGUGCAUGAGAUGGCAGAGCUUAUAGCUACGAAGGUUACUCAACAGCCUAAUGACAAGCCUGUGCUGCGCUUAAAGAUCUUGUUUAACCUCUACAACCUAUUGAAGAACCCAUAUAGCCAGUUCUUUGUGUAUAUGAAGGCCCUCAACUUGGCAGUUAGUGGAAAAGUCACUGAAUAUGUUGUACCAUCUUUUAGAAAGAUGGACAACUUUUUGAGGGAGUGGAAUCUUGGAGUCAAAGAUCAGAGAGAUCUCUUUCUUACAGUUGCUAAUAUUUUGAAGGAUAGCAAGAGCUCUGCGAAAGACUCUUUUAAUUUUCUUGUCAAGUAUCUGGAAACUUUUUCUGGUGGGGAUGCAUUGACUGUGGCGGAAGCUAAGGAGGAAGCAGUUCACGCUGUAAUCGAGUUUGUUAAGGCACCUGACAUGUUUCAGAGUGACUUACUAGAUAUGCCUGCUAUAGCACAACUGGAGAAAGACGCCAAAUACGCGCUGGUAUACCAACUUCUAAAAAUCUUUUUGACUCAGAGGCUGGAUGCAUAUUUGGAUUUCCAUUCAUCAAAUUCUAAUUUCUUGGAGAGCUAUGGUCUUGUUCAUGAAGAUUGUGUUGCUAAGAUGAGGUUGAUAUCCCUGGUAGAUCUUGGCAACAGUGGAUCUGGUCAAGUUCCGUACUCCUUGAUUAAGGACACACUCCAGAUUGAAGAGAAUGAAGUAGAACCAUGGGUUGUCAAGGCAAUUACAGCUAAGUUAAUGGACUGCAGAAUUGAUCAAAUCAACCAAGUAGUCUUAGUGAGCCGCUGCACAGAACGUGUCUUUGGGAACCAUGAAUGGGAAUCCCUUCGUUCAAAGCUUGUGACUUGGAGGGGGAAUAUUGCAAAUGUGAUCAGUACCAUUCAAGCAAACAAGAUAACUGAUGAUGGCACCCAGGCAGUGCAGGGGAUGACGAUUCGUUGAGAUUGUUCUAGUUCGUUACUGCUGUUAUCUUCAAUCUUGCUGCAAGCCAACUGCAGAGGUUGUAGCUAUUCUUAGAGUCUUUGACAAUAGAGUUGCCCGUGUUAGAGUAGUUUUGAUCAUUGCUUUUGUAGCGCAAGUUGAACAACAUAUCUGACCCAAUUUUGUUUUGAGAUCUACAUUGCCUUUCCUUCCAUGUUUAUGUCAUAUGAAUGUAAUAUUUGUUUUCAAAUGCGAAGGCUUGAUUUCCGUUUAA